UUGCUGAACUUCUGCUGUCCACUGUCUGUGGGAUCUUGGUUAUCCAGGAAUAGAUUAAACAGCCGAGACUCUGUAAAGCUACUCGCAAUAUAGCAGAUGCUAUAUUAGCAGAAGUUAUGUAAUUCUCCCUUCAAAAUAAAAAAAAAAUAGGUGGCGGACAAAGCCGCAAAAAGGUCAACGCUCAGUAGUUUAAAGAAAUUCACAGCAAAAAAAAAAUCUUUAUAUGAAUAAUUCGCCAACGCUCAGUGACACGUGAUACGCAAAACCAUAUAAAAAGACAGAAAACUAACAACAAAAGUUUUAAAUUAUUGUGGCACGUUAAUGAAACAAGCUUUAUUUUGAAAGCUGCUACCGGAAGUGUCAUUUAUGCCUAGUACUUGACGCAGACUCCUACGUCUCGUGCUGCCCGGCGCUUUUCCCCUCAGUAACUCUCCGGUAAAUUUGCCCGUCACCACCUGUCCUGCAACGACUACAACAGUGUUCUCUUGUGGUGUGAUGGCAGGUUGGGCUGCUGCUGCCUCCAGGUUGACAGAGACAGACUAUGAACACAAGCUCAGCCCUGCAGGCAACUAAACCUCUGCUAGCUCUCGUCUAUAUCCAAACCCAAGAUCACUUUCAUCAGAGAGAAUGGAUGCACGCUCCAACAACGUGAGGAAGAAGACCUCCUGCACCAGUUCACCUGACACUCCUUCUCUCUAGCCUUCUACCCACAACGUCUCCUCAUGGCCGGGCUUCAGCAGCUGCCUGUUAACUCUCUGGCAAAUGUUUGCUGAAACUAUCCGCCUGGAGGAGCAUUGAAAAGACCAAAAAAAAAAAAAAGUGACCUGUGAGUAGUUUGUGCGUCUGUGGUUCAGUUCGUAAUCAUGGGGAAAGAGCAAGAUCUGCUGGUGGCGGUGAAGAGCGGGGAUCUGCUGCUGGCUCACAAGCUUCUCUCCAAAGUCAAGUGCAACAAAACCAAGUUGCUGGGCUCCACCAAGAGGCUCAACAUCAACUACCAAGACUCAGAAGGCUUCUCAGCGCUGCACCAUGCCGCUCUGACGGGCACCACGGAGCUGCUGUCUCUGCUGCUGGAGGCCCAGGCCACAGUGGAUAUCAAGGACAUCAACGGCAUGCGUCCUCUCCACUACGCAGCGUGGCAGGGUAAAGCCGACUCCGUCUUAUUGUUGCUGAGAGCCGGCGCUUCAGUCAACUCCCCUUCCCAUGAUGGACAGAUACCGUUACAUCUCGCUGCUCAGUACGGACAUUAUGAGGUGUCUGAGAUGCUGCUGCAGCACCAGUCUAAUCCCUGUGUGAUGAACAAGGCCAAGAAGACUCCUCUGGAUCUGGCCUGUGAGUUUGGGAGACUGAAGGUGGCUCAGUUGCUGCUGAGCAGUAACAUGGUGGCAGCGCUGUUAGAGGGGGAGGGAGGGCACGAGAGCCUGGACUCCCCAUCCACCACCCCACUCCACCUGGCAGCCAGGAACGGUCACAAAGACAUCAUCAAGUUGCUGCUCAAAGCUGGUAUCGACAUCAACAGAGCCACCAAAGCGGGAACGUCUCUGCAUGAAGCCGCCCUGUACGGCAAAACGGAAGUGGUGCGGCUGCUGCUUGAUGCGGGCGUCAAUGUGAACAUGCGCAACACCUACAACCAGACAGCUCUGGAUAUUGUCAACCAGUUCACCACGUCCACAGCCAGCAGGGAAAUCAAGCAGCUGCUCAGAGAGGCAUCAAGUUCCCUCCAGGUCAGAGCGGUGAAGGAUUACUGGAAUCUCCACGACCCCACCGCCCUCAACCUCCGGGCCGGAGACCUCAUUAUGGUCCUGGAGCAGCACUCGGACGGCCGGUGGAAAGGCCACAUCCACGACACCCAGCGGGGCACGGACCGUGUGGGCUUCUUCCCCCCUUCAGUGGUGGAGGUCCUGAGCAGACGAGCAGGGGGCACCCUCUCCCGCCAAGCGUCAAUGCCUUCCCAACGACAACACUUUGCAUCCAGAGCUCCUCCGUCGAGCCACGGCUCCAUCAUUCAGACUGACGACUCAUACACCCAUGGUUAUGAUCCUGCAGGUGCUCCACCUGGCAGUCAGCCCUCAGCCCCAGCUAGUCCUGCUAGCCCCGCUCAGGACAUAUGGGUCCUCAGGAGCUCUCCCACUGGUGACAGAAACAGUGUUGGCAGUGCCGGCAGCGUGGGCAGCAGUCGCAGCGCCGGCAGCGGCCAGAGCUCCGAGAGCAGCCACAAACAGAACGGGACUCACAACCGCCACAACACCGACACGGGCAAGCUGGCUCCCUCUGCUGGUGAAUCAGGAGAACACGUCCACACUGCAGGAGCCGACCGCAGCAAACAGGUUGAUGGAUCCACAGGUGGUUCCCGCCGGCAGGUGAACGGCACUCCUCAGAAAGGCUUCGUCAGACCGGAGCACCUGCUGGAGGGAAAGGACUCGGAGGCGAUCUACCAGUGGCUGUGUGAGUUCCAGUUGGAGCAGUACACAUCCAACUUCAUCAGUGCAGGAUAUGACGUCCCCACCAUCAGCAGGAUGACCCCUGAGGACCUGACGGCCAUCGGAGUCACCAAACCCGGCCACAGGAAGAAGAUCUCCAUGGAGAUCAGCAAACUGAGUAUCCCCGAGUGGCUGCCCGACUACAUCCCUUCCGCCCUGGGGGAGUGGCUCAGUGUGAUCGGACUUCCUCAGUACCAGAAGAGAUUGUGCGAGAACGGCUACGACUCGAUCACGAUCGUCAAGGACAUCACGUGGGAGGACCUGCAGGAGAUCGGCAUCACCAAACUCGGUCAUCAGAAGAAGCUGAUGUUAGCAGUGAAGAGACUCUGUGAUCUUCAGCGCUCCUGUAACCAUGGCGACAGAACCGGAGGCGGGACUCUCAGACGGAAGCCCCCAGCCGCUCUGGAGCUGGUGGCCAUCGAACACACGCCGACACACAACGUGCACGCUCACGCACACUCUGGCGCUCCCGCCAAUAACUGCUGCCCCUCCCCUCGCACCCCUAGGGCCCUGCUCUCCUUCCAGGACAGCGAGCUGAGCUCCGAGCUGCAGAGCGCCAUGAUGGGCCGGGCGGGGGGAGGAGCCGCAGAGGCGUUCGGUAUUAGGGGCGUGACUUCUGCGGUGGCGUUAUCCGCCAUGUCAGUAAGUCAGGAGAGCAUCAGCACGCGGUCACGGGGCUCGGGGAAUUCUGGGAAUUCUGGACAUUCAAAUUCAGGCUAUUGUCAGGCGCAACACGCCAGAAACUCCAGCCGGUCUGAGGAGAGUCUGGGGGGCGGAGGAGGGGAGGACGCCAAGCGAGGAGGAAGUAGUCCUGGAGGCCGAGGCCGACAGAGACCCACGGAGAUGUGGGAGCACCAGAGUCGGUCUGUGACUCCCAACAAACUCCCCUUCUCCCCCCUCACGCCCCCGCUGACCCCGAGCAAAAUGCCCCGCUUCGCCUACCCAGCCGUCCCACCCAAGGCCAAACACUUCCAGUCCCCCACCCGCCUCUAUCAGCCUCAGCACCACCCACCCUCCUCCCCCUCCUCUCCAUCCCCGCAGCCCUCCCCCACCCAGAAGGCCUUCAGUUACAUCCAGGCUCAGACGGGGGUCAACGGCGCUCCGCGGGUCCUCUCCAAGCCGCUGCCCGGAGCGAUCCCUCUCCUGGGGCCCUGGCCCGGACCGGCCCCAGCUGACGACGCCCAGAGGGGCCCCCACAAGAAGCGCGCCCAAAGUCUGACUCGCUACGCCCUGUCCGACGGCGAGCCAGACGAAGAUGAUGACCUCGCUCCCCCUUGCACCUCCGCUUCCGCUGCAGCCUUGCCCUCCUACGCCACCUUGUCGCGCAGGCCGGGACGUGGGCACACCAGCGCCACGGGGGCCCAACGCCACAUCAACCGCAGCCACUCCUUCGCCGUGCGCUCCCGACGCAAAGGCCCGCCCCCGCCACCGCCCAAGAGGAUGAGCUCGGUAAGCGGCAGCCCACCGCGCCAGCCGGGAAACGGUAAAGUCGUGGAGCCGGAGGUGAAGGGCGGGGUGGAGAUAGAGAGCGUGGGCAGCGUGAGGAGCAUCGCAGCGAGGCUGGAGGGGAGCAGCAGCAGUCCGUCCAGGAGGAUAGACAUCCCACCACCAACACACGUCCCCGUGUCGCCUGUUUUUAGCCCCGCCUCCUCCCCGAUUCCACACGGACUUCCUGCUCACAUCAUCCUGCAGCACUCCAAACCUGUGCCCGCCCUGGGCGUCGGCGGCUUAAGAAGACCAGGAAGUGAGAGGACGGAGGGCGACAGUGACAGACAGAGAGGAGGAAACACUGAUGGAGCGACUGAGGAGAGAGAGAGAGCGAGAAGAAGUGAAAGAAUAUCAAAAGGUGCGUCUCCGAAGAACAGCUCAUGUGACCACCUGCCCUUCGCCAAGGAGGGAAACCUCACCAUCAAACAGCGACCCAGGAUCGCGGUCGUCAGCCGGGGCGACGGCGAAAUGAAGACUCCCCCGGAGGAUCCCGUCCAGACUCCGAACAGCCUGGAGCUCCCAGAGUUCAACCUGAAAGAGUCCGACACGGUGAAGAGACGACACAAACCCAAAGACAAAGACGCCUCCACGCCCGAGGAGGCGUCUUCACCCAACAGAGACGACAACCACAGGGCGAACGCACACGAUGUCGCCGGGACGCAGAGCGGCGAGGAACCUCAGAGGAACGUUUUCCAGAGAGUCGGCUCGGUGGGAAAAGGCCCGAAGCCCCCGGUGUCCUCAAAACCUCCCAGUCCUCUCAAACAGCCCCCCAACAUCAAACCAACACCCCCCCAGAAAACAGUUGCUCCGGUACAGGCGGGCGCACAAAUAGCCAUCCCCAAACUAACCAGCGUUCAGAUUCACACGGUGUCACCGAAGCUUCACACGUGUUCCCCCAGUCCUAAAGCCGUGAGACACCCCCCCACGCUGAAGCUGGAGAGUCCGCAGAGAGCUGCUGGGCCGUCGGGGUCCAGACUCCCUCAGCUCAGCAGCACGCCGCCGUCAGCAGCAGGACCGACCCUCGCCGCGCUCCAGAGCGUCGCGUCAGCCGCUCCGUCCUCUCCGGUCCAGGCCCCUUCGUUCUCCGCCUCGGCAGCGGCGGUCCAGGCGGGGAGAGCGGGGACGCCCCAGGCGAGUGCGGCCGGCCUGGAGGUGCUGGCUCACCAGAGGCUGGAGCAAACCAGCACGUCACUGGAGGCGGCGCUCAAAGUGGUGGAGAACAAGCUGGCUCAAGGGAGCAGCGUGGACGGCGGCAGCAGCACGGUCAAGGCGGCGGGAAAUAUCCUGGAUGACAUCAGCAACAUGUUUGACGACCUCGCUGACCAGCUGGACGCCAUGUUGGAGUGACGUCUCGGGAGCCACAGACAGGAAGCUGAGGCUCCAUCAGACAGGAGUGCGCCUCCUGCUGCGGGUAAGACCAGAGACUCUGGGACUCUGGACGAUUCACAUUUGGGGAGGAUUUCCCCGCUCAACGUGUCCUCUGUACUUUUCAACGCGAGCACUUCGCCUUAGGACGCACACCUGGGAAAACAGCAGCUGAGAUCAGCUCCCACAAUCCUGUGUGUGUGUUCAGCACGUUAUUAUCACUAAAGGGAACGAGGGUCCAUUUAAUUCACAUUACCAGUAAAUGUAUAGAUAAGUCUGUGUGUGUGUGUGUGUGUGUGUGUGUGUGUGUGUGUGUGUGUGUGUGUGUGUGUGUGUGUGUGUGUGUGUGUAGUCUUUGAGUAUAUUUAUACCUCUGUGUUUGUUUUUAACAAAUGGACUGAUCACCUGGUGUAUAUUAGCGUUACUGUGUUAUAUAUAUAAUCACAGUAUAUAUGUACACUGCUGCUUACUGUCUAUAACACGGGGAAAUAUUGUUUAUUGUAUUAAAAGCAGCUUAUUCCAUAUUUAUGUAGGUUUGAUUUUACCAAAGUCUUUCAUCCUCAGCAGGUUCGUGUCAGGACGGCGUCUUUAAAGCUCCGUCACUGUCAGUCAGUCAGAGUCUGUGGAGCUCCGCCCACCACAGCUCGCCUCAGGGUGCUAUGAAGCGAAUUUACUGUAACGCUGCUGUUUCCAAUGAGCAGGUGAAGCUUUUAAACGUGUCAACAGGUGAAGUCGACCCGGUCAAUAACCUGUUAUAAUGAUAAGUGACUGAACACUGUAAGAGAUUCUGUAUCUAUAGACGAGAGCUGUGUUUGGGUACGGAGGCGUUAGCGUGCCAUCACAAUAAUUAAAGUUUUAUAUAUUGAUAUAUUUAAAAAGAUAUUAUAAAUUCAUGAACUAUAAAAUGAAAAUAUAAAUUUUACAAUUGAUAUUUUUAUUUCCAUAUUCCAGUAGUUCUCAGACGUUCUCACAUCGAGGAUCCGGUCUGAGGAGAUUUAUGUUUUUAGAUGUUUAUUACUGAAAGAGUUUGAACCAAAAUAUUCACACAGUCUGUCGUUGUGUCACUUAUGGAUGGAAUUAAAAAGAAUUAUUAUUAUUAUUAUUCCCCUUUUUGCCCCAGGAACCCCCUCAAGACCCCUGGGGGUCCCCGGACCGCACUUUGAGAACCGCUGCCCUGUUCUGUCUUUAGAUUAAUAACUGAAUCACAAAAUUAAUUUUUAAUACUUUCUCAUCAGUUUCUUCCUUUCAACAUUUACAGUUUCUAUUCUGUGAUGACUUUAAUUUAAAGCUACAGUGCACAACUUUGUAAUGUGUGUGCUGACCAAUCAGAGGAGGCCAGACUCUGCUGCGGGAGCUCACUGUGACUCCUCCCCCUGCGUCGAGGCUCACAGCUAGCGUUAGCUGCUGGAGGACGUCACUGUUACCGCUACCGCUGGUUUGAUCCCCGGAGCUUUUUACUGUGGCUUUAAAGAAGUGAACGAAGCGCCGGGACGUUGCUUCUAUAAAAUAAAAGUGACGUCUUUAGAUCAGAGCAAUGAUGAAAUGGUGGCUGUAAAUGUUAAAGCAGGAAACUGAAGAGUCUGAAGAUGGAAUUUGAUCAUUAAACAUCGUCAAAACAGAGAAAAUAGAAAUGACUAAUUGGCAAAUUUAAUUAUCUUUUUAUUUUGAAUUUUAUUCUUCAUUUAAAUAAUUUUGGCGCACUCCCCGAGACUCCAUGAAGGGGCGGGGCCUUGUCUCACAAAGCAGCAAAUGUUAAGGUCAGUGUGCUGCUCUGGGGCCGGUUGCACAAAACACCUUAACAUAAGAGUUAAGGUUUUUUUAAAAUAAAAACAGUUGCACAAAACACCCUUAAGUCUUCUUCUUAAGAUUUCCUUCAAAUAUUGACUUAAGUAUUCAAGGUUUUCUCCUCAUCUUAGUCUUAAACUUCGAGGAAUCACUUUAAGUCAGUUAAACUGUGGCACAAAAGCCCUUAACGACCAAAGUUCACCUCGUUAAAACAACAGGAGGAUGAGAUCACAGGUAUCACAGGUGCCACUGGCAGCAAUCAACUGUCUCCAUGGAAACAGUAGAAUUUAACUGCUGUGAAAUCUCUUUCACUGCUGCACCUUUCAAGAGAAGUAACUCCCUCAGCUAAGGAGAAAUUUAACCUUAAGCGUCAUAUUUAAGUAGAAAACUUAAGGUGUUUAGUGCAACCGGCCCCAGAAUCUGGAUCUGUGGCCACACCUCCUCCGUGUGCACAGGUGUGUCGUUGAAUCACUAAACUCAGAGUUAUGAGAAGCAGCUUUAUGAGACGAGGCGUUCAGGACCAUCAGUUUAUUUAAGACGGACGUCUCAGAGAUGAAGUUUCUUCCUGAAACAGACUCCAUGUUUUCAGAUUUGAUCCCUCUCCUCUUUCUGCACCUUAACGAGUGUUCGCAUGAAAAGACGCUUUUAUUGUUCAGUCUAACUCCACUGUCGUUCACUUCCUGUGUGGUUGUCUGUGAGACUUCCUCUGUCAGUGAGGCCAGUAAAGAAAAGCCAUGACCUGAAGCCAUCUUGAACCCUCUCUUCCUUUAAUCCUUUGCACUUCCUGAUUUUUGUGUUGUAACUAAAGCAGGGAGUCGUUGUGUUUGUAAGAUUUUCAGGUGUUCUGACAUUGAAACGUAAAAGUUUUAGCACUGUUUGUUCCUCUGUUCAGUUUUCAUGGAUGUCUGUUGCUUUUGUUGAUAUUUCAUCCUGGAAAUCAUUAAAUUGAGAAUUUGUA